UAGGCUACGACCCACGUAUUCUUUGCAUUUGCACAAAACAAUAAAAAUAAAAACAAAGCUGUCCCAGAACACGACCCUCAUUCCUUGGAACGGUUAAUAACACGGUGGCGACCUACUUGCUCCAACAUGAACACCAGUGGAGGGAAAAGCGGGUGAUUACACGUCCACAAAACUGAAGCGAAAACUACACCUGACAGUUCAAGAUUCACGCUUGACUCGGUUGAAACACCCGGACCCGAGUUCCCUCUACAGAGAUUUUACAUAAAUAAAACACUAAAAAUAAAAAUAAAGUUCAAAAAAAGACAAAGGUGUUGGUUUUCAAUUCAGAUGGCAGUCGUCAACUUAAGAGACACCAGAGAGUCUGCUGCUGUAUCAACUUCCUUGGCAUGCAGCCCCCCAACGUGGACAUGGACUUCCUUUCCCAGACGUUAUCUAAUCGCAGUGAUGGCCUUUUUUGGAUUCUUCAACAUUUACUCCCUUCGAGUGAAUUUGUCAAUUGCAAUUGUGGCAAUGACAGAAAAUCGCACAACAAUACAUGCUAAUGGAACCAUUGGAUAUGAUCAAGAUUUCCCAUGGAGUUCCAAGGAGCAAGGCCUUUUACUGAGUUCGUUCUUCUAUGGAUACAUCACCACCCAGCUUCUAGGGGGCUGGUUGGCGCCAAAAAUGGGCGCAGGCAAACUAUAUGGAUUGGGAAUUCUCACAACUGCCAUUUUGACUCUGCUCACUCCAUUAAUUGCUAACGUUGGCCUAGCCCCCCUGGUUGCCAUUCGCAUUUUGGAGGGAAUCUUUGAGGGAGUAACUUUCCCCGCAAUGCACGCUUUGUGGAGUCGAUGGGCCCCGCCACUCGAACGAAGUAAACUAGUAACGAUCGCCUAUUCCGGAAGCUAUUUCGGCACGGUGGUUUCUAUGGGAGUAUGUGGACUUUUGGCCGAAUAUCUCGGAUGGGCUUCCAUAUUCUACGUUUCGGGUACAUUUGCUCUACUAUGGUGGGUACUAUGGUUCGUUUUGGUAAAAGAAUCGCCACAAGAAGACCGAUUCAUCAAGAGAGCGGAACUGGAUUAUAUUUCAAAUUGCCUCGGCGUAACUGCCAAUCAACAUACUCUACACGUACCAUGGAAAUCAAUUUUAACGUCACUGCCCGUUUGGGCCACCGUCGUUGCACAUUUCGCAGAGAACUGGGGCUUCUACACGCUUUUGACACAACUUCCAACAUUCCUGAGCGAUACGUCCGAGCUUAAACUGGAUAAAACGGGAUUCCUUGCCGCCAUUCCAUAUUUGGCCAUGGCCAUAGUUGUUCAAUGCGGUGGCCAGUUGGCUGACUGGCUUAGAUCAAGAUGGCGUGUCGAAACAACCAAAGUUAGAAAAAUCUUUACAUGUGGAGCCUUCGUUGCUCAGACCGUCUUUAUGCUCGCCACUGCUUACACGCACGCCGUCACUCCCGCAAUAAUAUGCCUAACUGUUGCUGUUGGUUUUGGAGGUUUUGCAUGGUCGGGAUUCAGUGUGAACCAUUUAGAUAUUGCGCCUCAAUUCGCCUCGUUGAUCAUGGGUCUAUCUAAUACCGUGGCAACCGUGCCCGGUAUUAUUAGCCCCAUGAUAACUGGCUACAUUGUUCAAAACAAGACUUCCGGCGAGUGGCAUAUUGUGUUCUACAUCUCAGCCGCAAUUUACAUGAUCGGAUGCGCAUUUUACGCCUUUGCUGCAUCGGGAAAUCGUCAAACAUGGGCACAACCUAUCGAAGAAAACAAUCCCAAAACAGAAAAUACUGUGGCACUGGACACGGUCAACUAGAUUCCCAAAAAUUACGGAGGAAAAAAUGGACGCCGUGUUGCCAGGACUUCUCAUUCAAAUCUUACAAAGAUAAAUAUUGAUGAUCUGAUAUUUAUGGAUUAAACGUUCGCUUGUUAAAAAAAAAAGAAAUGUCUUCACAAUUUGUGGUGGUUUACGUCGUUAUUACAUUGUUAUUUUUUAACGGAAAUAGAAUAUUUUGUCUCUAA